AAAACCUUUUACACCUAUUUUGGUUUUGUGCCGAAGAAACCAAGGGCCCCUAAUAAUUGCAUCAAAAUAUAUCAUGAAUCAAAUUGAGACAAAAUAAAACACAUAGAAGACGUAGCUAAUCGGUGUUUGGGGUCGUUCUCUUUCUCUUCUCUACACAAAAAUGGCUUUCUCUAUAAUCACUACGCACUACUCUCCUCAAUUUGUUCGCGUUCCCAUCUCUGUUCCUCAACCUCGCACCUCUCUCUCUUUCCGAUUUUCAACACCAGUUCUCAAUCGCCGUCACAGUCCCAAACCUCUCUCAAUCCGAUCAGUUUCCGUUCCUGCCACCGCUGCUCCUGCAUCUGAGGCCGUGGCACCUGCAAUUUCGCUUUCAGAUAAUGCACUAAAUCACUUGAAUAAGAUGAGGUCGGAACGAAAUCAAGAUUUGUGUUUAAGAAUAGGCGUCAAACAGGGUGGGUGCUCUGGUAUGUCAUAUGCAAUGGAUUUUGAGGACAGGGCUAAUACAAGGCCAGAUGACUCCAUCAUUGAAUACAAAGGUUUUGUAAUUGUUUGUGAUCCUAAGAGCCUACUUUUCGUAUUUGGGAUGCAAUUAGACUAUAGUGAUGCUCUGAUUGGGGGAGGCUUCAAUUUCAAGAAUCCUAAUGCGACACAGACCUGUGGAUGUGGUAAAUCCUUUAAUGCAGAAAUGUAAAGUCAUGUUCAUAGACAUUAGUAACAAUAUUACAGUGAUUGUUUCAAGCAAUACUUUGGAAUAUUUAUAGGAUUGUAUACUAACAAUUAGUACAUUAUAGGAAUUCUCGGAAAAAACUAUUGAAUUUGUCUGUUAUUCCUAUUUCUGUUUAUGUUUGCUUUGCUGCAUCAGUUUAUUGUUAAGGUCUGUAUAAACACUCAUAGGAUCUGUUGUAUUUGCUAUCCGAAAUCUGUGUUAUAAUAUGAAUACUGGAUCAGAAGAAUUACUAACUA